UAAUUUCAUGAGCUCCAAAACUCGGAACUUCUGGCGGUGUUGAUAAAAGUUUUAUUUUGAAAUAAAUUGGCCCUCACAGCUUCCGGUCUCGCGCUGCAGCGUGGAAAGCGCAGUCUGCCGCAGCCAUCAGCCCGGAGCUGCCGCCGUGGUGACAUCCUCUGGGGAGCGGACCGCACAGGAGGUGGCGGCGGUCCGUGUGUCGUCCAGCCGCCGCGUGAAGCUGCUUUCUGGGCCCUGAUCGGCGGCCGCUUCGCAGCGAGGCGCCGGCUGGAGGAGGAAGAAACCCGCCGCCGCUCCAGUCCUCGCGCUGAUCGCUGUCAGACGUGAACGAGGUGAAGACCGAAAUGGUGCCGUUAAAUGGUUGUUUUACCGCAGAGGAAGCCUGACCGGUUCUUUCAGCUGCUGUGAGACCAGUUUCUCGUACAUGAGCGACCCGAGCGGGAGCGACGGCGGAACGCGGCGCGGCGCUGGUGUGGCUGCAGGUGGAUGGCCAACCUGACGGUGUGCGCCGCCGCCUCCCGUCCAGCCGCUGCCGCUGCUACAGCCCAGGCUGCUUCACCCGGAGCGGUGGAAAAACGAGAAAAAGAAAAUCACCGAGAAAGCGUUUCAUAAGCCCGAGCCAUGCUUCCCGGAGUCGGCGUGUUCGGCACCAGCCUGACCGCCAGGGUCAUCAUCCCGCUGCUGAAGAACGAAGGCUUCGCCGUCAAAGCGCUGUGGGGCCGGACGCAGGAGGAGGCGGAGGAGCUGGCCAAGGAGAUGAACGUACCGUUUUACACCAACCGGAUCGACGACGUGCUGCUGCAUCAGGAAGUGGAUCUGGUCUGCAUCAACCUGCCGCCGCCUCUCACGCGGCAGAUCGCGGUGAAAACGCUGGGAAUUGGCAAGAAUGUCAUCUGUGAUCGGACCGCCACUCCUCUGGAUGCCUUCAGAAUGAUGUCUGCUGCCCAGUACUACCCAAAGCUGCUGAGCAUCAUGGGAAAUGUGCUCCGUUUCCUGCCUGCCUUUGUUCAGAUGAAGAAGCUGUUAGAGGAGGGGUACAUUGGAGAACUUCUGGUGUGUGAAGCUCAGGUCCACAGCGGCAGCCUUCUGGGGAAGAAAUACAACUGGAGCUGCGAUGACUUGAUGGGAGGAGGCGGCCUGCAUUCGGUGGGCAGCUACAUCAUCGACCUGCUUACAUUUCUAACGGGCCAGCGGGCCGUGAAGGUUCACGGCUUCCUCAAGACCUUCGUCAAACAGACGGACCACAUCCAGGGCAUCCGUCAGAUCACCAGUGAUGACUUCUGCACAUUUCAGAUGGUACUGGAAGGAGGCGCCUGCUGCACCGUCACGCUCAACUUCAACGUCCCCGGGGAGUUCAGGCAGGAGGUGAUAGCGGUGGGGACGGUGGGGAGGUUAACGGUUACCGGCACAGACCUGUACGGACAAAAGAACUGUAGCGAUGGAGGAAGUGGUCCUGAACUCCUGCUCAAAGACACCACGCCUCUGGAGAAAGCCUCCUUACCGGAAAAGGCGUUCAGUGACAUUCCUUCGCCUUACCUCACUGGGACCAUCCGCAUGAUCCAGGCGGUGCGGGAGGCCUUUCAGGACCAGGACGACCGGCGGACCUGGGACGGAAGGCCUCUGACGAUGGCUGCCACUUUUGAGGAUUGUCUCUAUGCCCUUUGCGUGGUGGAUACGAUCAAGAAGUCCAACCAGUGUGGAGAGUGGCAGAACAUUGUGGUGAUGACGGAGGAGCCGGAGGUCAGCCCGGCGUAUCUGAUCAGUGAGGCCAUGCGCCGGAGCAGGAUGUCGCUCUACUGUUAGCGUCCAGCUGGGAUCUGUUAAACUCACCAGUUUGAUACCGUCAAACCUGUUCUUACUGUUACAGAGUUUAUGCCAAUAUGAAGCAGUUUUCUGCUACUACAGCAAAAGCAAUGGGAUUAAUAAUCUCCAUUUUAUUUAUAUGGAAGCUUCAUUUUUUCCUUUUUUUGUCAUGGAGGACAUGAGUCUCCAGUGAGAUGCACUUGUAAAUCAAGCCUACAGGGGAGUCGGACCAGGGAAUUAGCGUCUGCAGGAAUCUGCUAAUAUCCCCGUUUUACAAGCUGGCACGUAGCAGAGCGGAGAUGCUUUCACCACCCUGUCGUCUUCUGGAGCAAACAGGUGUUCCUUCUCUUCUGUCUGGAAACGCCGCCUUACUGGCUCCCAGCGAAGAAGAGCCCUGGUCCUCUCAUGCUGUGUGGCUCAGCUGUUGCUGUAAUCUGAAGUACUUCUAGUUUUACAAAAUGAAUGUUAAAAAGAAGUCAGUGCGCUUAAUAUUCUGCCUGUUUGCUCCGUAUCUUUGUAAGACAACAAAACAAACUGUCGUUUGCUGGUGUUUCACGUGUUUUACCUCCUGCUUAUUGUGUGCAGUAGAAACAGGCUGUGCAUUGGCUAGACAGUGUUUCCCUACCAUAUUGUGGUGGGCAAACACUGCUAUAUUGUGGGGGUGCCCCGCCCCCUCUUGAAGGUCAACUUAAUUUAUUUAAUUUUAUUUUCAAUAUACAGUGACAAAAAAAAGUCAUGCAAGGUUUCCUUUCCUGUACAAGAAAUCUCUACUUUGUCCUUUUAAUCAAAAACAGCUUGUUAUUUAUCUUAUCUACAUGAUGUCCAGGGGCGUAUCCAGGAGAUUUUUAAUGGGGUGGCCAAGACAUAGAUUUCAUUUACUACAAUGUCCCGCAGGAUCAUUGGUUAGAAUCAGUGUCUGGAAUACAGGGAUGAUUGAAUGUCUGGAAACCCUUAAAUAACAGCUUUGAGUUCUUUAUAAUGUGAAAAAUGCUCAUUUUUAUUAUAAAAAACAAAAAGUUCUUCAUCUUCCAGAAGAAAUAAAAGGCUUUAAAUAUGACUUAUACAGCAGAAUAAACACACAGAAAGACCGAUGAUCAAAUAAUUAACAAAAAUCCAGCUGUUCUUGUACACUAGCAGUCAUAAGUUUGGAAAAACUUUCCCAUUAAAUCCAAUAAGAAAGUUUUCCAAAACUUUUGAGCAGCAGUGGAAUCUACUGGCUGGUGUUUUAAAGCCCCACCACUGAACUCUGAGGCGCCCCCUAACUACAACUAACUCAGCAUCCAUCUUCGUACAGUCCCUUCUCUGAGCUCUCUCCAGCCAGUAAAAAACAUUCGUCCUCCUCUCAAAUCUAGCAGCUCUAUCCGGUCUGAGUGCUCUAGUGCGCCCCCUAGUGGAAACCUCUGGUAACAGGCGUUGUACCCAUGCAGGUAUGUGAUGCUCACGAUGGAGUCGCUUGCCAACACAAAUGCAAGGUUAUAAAGCAAGUAUAUUCUCAGCCUUGUGGUAUUUAGAGCGACUCCGUAGAGUAAAACAAUAUUUGCUUCAUCAGGACAUUUCAGAAGCUUCUCGGUAAGUCUUGGGGAAUUAGUCUGUGGUGAGGUCUGAAAAUGCAACAAGACGUCAGCAUUUUAGAAUUCUUUGUGAACUCAUGAUUCAAGGUUGCUGAGAUUAGCAUCCUCUGUUAUUCUGAUCAGCUCUCAGUCUCAGGAACAGAUGAUUUUCAACUAUUUAGCAUCUUUUAAGCUUUUAAGCUGCGUUUCCAUACAGUAUCUCCACACAUGAAAGGUCUCUGUUUUAGCACAGCUUCCUGUUUACAUGGAUCCAUGCCUUUUACAAGCAUCUAAACAUGAACAAACAGUUCAGAACUCAUCUGGUCAAAACAUCCCUGCUACAAGCUCAUAUCAGCCUUCUUGUUCAACUAGUCCCAUCUAACCUCCAAAACCCACAGUGUCUCAACCUUUUCUCCUGAUUGUUGCUUGUAAUACUCGAACGCGUUUUUAUUUCCAGUUGUUAAGUUUUAACAUCUUUAAACAUCUGUUUUGGUUUUGCUCUCGUUAACCUCGUUUCCUGCAGCAGAGAUCCUGAGAAGCAUCCAAACUCAGAUCAGAGUCAGGUGGUGGCUGCAAAGAUGGCUGAAACUACUGAUCAAAGCGACCCUGACCUUCAAGCCAAAACUACUGUGGCCAGGAAAUGCAAAGCAGUUUUACAUCGAGUAAAGCACUUUUACAAGUUUACCGAAAUACAAUUACAAAGGUGUUUUACCAAAAUCUGUGACCCAUCAGAAUCUGUGACCAUGGGGGGCGAUAGCGUACAUUUCUCUGCAUGUAUGUCUUAGAAGACGAGCAAAGUCUUGAACACGUUUAUUGAAAACACAUUUCUGACAGCUAUCAGAAUGUUACUUCACCUGCAUCAUAAUGAACUGAAGUGUUUUCAAGUCUUUGCUGGUCCUCUGAGACGUUCUGCAGAGGCUCCCUGCAGGCACAGAUUGUGAAGGGUCACAGAUUUUGUUGAAACACCUGUCGUUGUAAUUGCGUUUCGGUAAACUUGUAAAAGUGUUUUACUGGAUGCAUAUCGUCUUGCACUUCCCGGCCUUCAUACAAAACAGUUUUUUUAAUGCCUCUGAUCCCCUGUGCAGUUUCUACUGUCUGUGUAACAACUACUGAAAAUGUAAAUAUGAAAAUAUCAUUAAAAACAAUUAAGUGUUUGUCUGCAGAAUGAAACAAGUACUGUAUGUGUUCUCUUUGUAAAAAGCCAAGGAACUGGAACAUGUUUGAGGAUUGUUCGAGUAUUUAUUCUCUGAUUCUGCUGUUGAAGUUUUGUGGACUGUACAGACUGUUUCUCGGUUUCCUCCCGUGCUGACCAAAAUAAUCUGUCAAACACUCUGAUGGAAAGCUUUAUGUUUACUCAGCAUGCACGACAGCCUGAACCCAACAUCCCUGCUGUACACUGGAAAACUCUGUGAAGAUCUCCUUCAGUCACACCCAGCUCUUAUCAAACCUUCUUUCAACUUUUCUUCUGCUCAUUUCUUUUAGGAAUAAAACCACCCAAUACCAAACAGCCUGCCUGGAAAUGAAGAGCUCAGCACUGAUAAGCUAUCUGUUUGAGCUGCAUCGAGGUGAAUUAUUGCCCCGUGUUCCAAACACCUUGCUGAGUCUACAGACUUUCCCCUUUGUCUGAUAAGAGACCCAUAACUGUCAUUAGGAUCUGGACUUCUUCCACCAGGGAUGAUUUAGUCUUGUGUUGCCUACACCAGAGAUUCUGGAUAAGUAAACAGAAAAAUAGUAGAUGGUCCCAAAGUGGUUUAUUUUUAUUAUUUUUUUUCUUUGAUGGCUAAAUAAAUGAAAAUAUCUGCA